AUGGGGUUUCGUCUCCCACUCAUCUUUGCUCUUCUCAGUCUAGCAGCGGUGGCACUGGCAAACCAUGCUGCUCAACCAGCACCUCAACUUUACUGGAACUCCGUCCUGCCAAACACACAGAUGCCAAGAGCUAUCAGUGAACUUCUGCAUCCUGACUCCACAAAUGAAGAAAAGAGCACAAAUAUCACGAAUGCUGUUGGGAAUGGAAAGCCAACAGACCACAAGGGCAAACCUGAAAAUAUCCCAUUGGCACUUAUAUUUAUAACAGGAGAUAUGAUCUUCCCACUGACAAUCAACUCGAUUAUAAAAACGUAG